AUGGCAGCCACUCUCGCCUCGGGCAGCUCGAGCACCUCCAACUCGGGCUUUGACUUCUCCAACUAUGCACGCAACACCUUUCUCUCCAACCAAGGCCUUGGAGGCUUCACAGCCACCUCCACCGGUACGACCAUUGUCGGCUUGAUCUUCAAAGACGGCGUCGUCCUGGGUGCCGACACACGAGCAACCGAAGGUCCCAUCGUAGCCGACAAGAACUGCGAAAAGAUCCACUACAUUUCGGACAACAUUCGAUGCUGUGGAGCGGGCACGGCGGCGGACACCGAGUUUGUUACGCAGCUCAUCUCGUCGAACAUGCAGCUGCACGAGCUGAACACGGGGCGUCAACCGCGCGUCGUCACGGCGAUGACGAUGUUGAAGCAGCGGCUGUUCCAGUAUCAGGGGCAGAUCGGGGCGGCCUUGGUGUUGGGUGGAUUCGACGCAACCGGUCCGCACCUCUUCACCGUUGCCCCACACGGAAGCACGGAUAAGCUGCCAUAUGUGACCAUGGGCAGUGGCAGCCUGGCUGCCAUGGCAGUAUUCGAAUCUGGAUGGACAAAGGAUAUGUCGAGACAAGACGCCAUCGCUUUGGUCGCAGCAGCCAUCAGCAGCGGUAUCUUCAACGAUCUGGGCAGUGGUAGCAACGUAGACGUGUGCGUGAUCGAGAAAGGCAAGACGGAGUAUCUGCGCAACUACGAGACGCCGAACGAAAGGGUGCAGAAGGAACAGAGGUACCAGUUCCCCAAGGGUACCAGCGCCUGGACCAAGGAGCAGAUCUACGAUAUGAUCAGGAAAGAGGACGUGUUGGAGAUCGGAAAGACCGCUCCGACGCCUGUGGCAGCGGCGGCGGGCGAGGAACGCAUGGACACUUCGUAG